CUGGUUGGUUUGUCAAGGGCAUUUUUAAUCUCCACGGUAAACCCUGGCUGGGGGGUGGGGGUGGCAGGGAAAGAAUGACGAUUGGUAGAGCAUAUGCCUGUCCAGGUGCACUGGAGCUGGGAGCAAAGGAGGCUCUGCGAGAGGAGGGCCAGUUCAGCCGCAGCAGGAGGACUGACAGGGGCCUGAUGGAGGAGUUGGUGGGGCUGCGUGAAGGCUCCUCAGGGGACCCUGUGACUCUGCGGGAGCUGUGGGGCCCGUGUCCCCGCAUCCGCCGAGGCGUCCGAGGUGGCCUGGAGUGGCUAAAGCAGAAGCUGUUCCGCCUGGGCGAGGACUGGUACUUCCUGAUGACCCUCGGGGUGCUCAUGGCCCUGGUCAGCUAUGCCAUGAACUUUGCCAUCGGGCGUGUGGUCCGAGCGCACCAGUGGCUGUAUGGGGAGAUUGGGGACAGCCCCCUACUCCGGUAUCUCUCCUGGACUGUGUACCCUGUGGCCCUCGUCUCUUUCUCCUCGGGCUUCUCCCAGAGCAUCACGCCCUCCUCUGGAGGUUCUGGAAUCCCAGAGCUGAAGACCAUGUUGGCGGGUGUGAUCUUGGAGGACUACCUGGAUAUCAAGAACUUUGGGGCCAAGGUGGUGGGCCUCUCCUGCACCCUGGCCACCGGCAGCACCCUGUUCCUGGGCAAAGUGGGCCCUUUCGUGCACCUGUCUGUAAUGAUCGCUGCCUACCUGGGCCGUGUGCGCACCACGACCAUCGGGGAGCCUGAGAACAAGAGCAAGCAAAAUGAAAUGCUGGUGGCAGCGGCGGCAGUGGGCGUGGCCACAGUCUUUGGCGCUCCCUUCAGCGGCGUCCUGUUCAGCAUCGAGGUCAUGUCUUCCCACUUCUCUGUCUGGGAUUACUGGAGGGGUUUCUUUGCGGCCACCUGCGGGGCCUUCAUGUUCCGGCUCCUGGCGGUCUUCAACAGCGAGCAGGAGACCAUCACCUCCCUCUACAAGACCAGUUUCCGAGUGGAUGUUCCGUUCAACUUGCCUGAGAUCUUCUUUUUUGUGGCGCUGGGUGGCAUCUGCGGUGUCCUGAGCUGUGCUUACCUCUUCUGUCAGCGAACCUUCCUCAGCUUCAUCAAGUCCAAUCGGUUCAGCUCCAAACUGCUGGCCACCAGCAAGCCUGUGUACUCCGCUCUGGCCACCUUGCUUCUUGCCUCCAUCACCUACCCGCCUGGUGUGGGCCACUUGCUAGCUUCUCGGCUGUCCAUGAAGCAGCAUCUGGACUCGCUGUUCGACAACCACUCCUGGGCGCUGAUGACCCAGAACUCCAGCCCACCCUGGCCCGAGGAGCUUGACCCCCAGCACCUGUGGUGGGAAUGGUACCACCCGCAGUUCACCAUCUUUGGGACCCUUGCCUUCUUCCUGGUUAUGAAGUUCUGGAUGCUGAUUCUGGCCACCACCAUCCCCAUCCCAGCUGGGUACUUCAUGCCCAUCUUUAUCCUUGGAGCUGUCAUCGGGCGCCUCUUGGGAGAGGCUCUUGCUGUCGCCUUCCCUGAGGGCAUCGUGGCUGGAGGGGUUACCAAUCCCAUCAUGCCCGGGGGGUAUGCCCUGGCAGGGGCUGCGGCCUUCUCAGGGGCUGUGACCCACACCAUCUCCACGGCACUGCUGGCCUUUGAGCUGACCGGCCAGAUAGUGCAUGCUCUGCCUGUGCUGAUGGCGGUGCUGGCAGCCAACGCCAUUGCACAGAGCUGCCAGCCCUCCUUCUACGAUGGCACCAUCAUUGUCAAGAAGCUGCCAUACCUGCCAUGGAUUCUGGGCCGCAACAUCAGCUCCCACCGCGUGAGGGUGGAGCACUUCAUGAACCGCAGCAUCAACACACUGGCCAAGGACACGCCGCUGGAGGAGGUGGUCAAGGUUGUGACCUCCACAGACGUGGCCGAGUAUCCCCUGGUGGAGAGCACAGACUCCCAGAUCCUGGUGGGCAUCGUGCAGAGGGCCCAGCUGGUGCAGGCCCUCCAGGCUGAGCCUCCUUCCAGGGCUCCAGGACACCAGUGUCUCCAGGACAUCUUGGCUGGGGGCUGCCCCACGGAACCAGUGACCCUGACGCUAUUCUCAGAGACCACCUUGCACCAGGCACACAACCUCUUUAAGCUGUUGAACCUUCAGUCCCUCUUCGUGACAUCGCGGGGCAGAGCUGUGGGCUACGUGUCCUGGGUGGAGAUGAAGAAAGCAAUUUCCAACCUGACAAAUCCACCAGCCCAAAAGUCAGCCAGCCCAGCAAGAUGAACAGGGCACCCCAGCUGCCCUGGUACUGAGGUUGGGCUGAGACCCUGCCUCUCUUCCCCCAUCACCACCUGCCCCUCCCUUCAGCCCAGCUCCAUUCUUUGGCACAACAGGCAACUCUAACCCAGCCCGGAAGAAGAUGGCUCAUCCUGGGUGGGACGAUGGCUCCUGCCUUGAAAGACAAAUCCCACCUUGGACAGAGCUGAGUGUGAGAAGAUGGAAAACCAGCAUCUGCCAGGUGCUCAGUGACUGGCCAUCACGUUAAUGAAUGACGAGAUUGGAGUACGCUGUCACCAAAGGCAGGCACAGAUGCCCUGUGGGGUUGUCUGAUUCCCAGUGAGAGGCUCCUGAGAAAAAUAAAGCUGGUUCCCAGA